AUGCUGCCUCGAUUCGAGAGACUGAUUCUUCUCGAUGAAGAUCCUGAUGAAUCCACGAUAUCACCAUUCCUCAAUCAGUCUCAUGUUACUGAUAGAAAUAUGAACGACGAGAUUUCCAAACUCAAAACAGACAGUACCAAGAGAUUCAAAGAGAGAUGGGAGAAGAUCCUCGAGAAAUAUUCGGCAAUUGAUGACGACCUAGAAUCGGACGAGAUUGAUCUUGAAAGUGGAAAAAUCACCAUCGAUAACGGCCACUUGCGUUCGAUGGCUCCCAAUGAGAUCAUCGUGGGAGGUGUCAAGGUGAAUGGUGAUAUAUGGGCAGAUGAUGACUCCUACGAUAAAGCUUAUAGUGAUCAGAAACGCGUUCAAGCUCACCAAGAGAGACUACGAAAGAGGUUCGAGAGUCAUAUUCGUCGUCAUAAAGAAGGCUCGCCUCUAAAGAGAAACGACGUCCCUAGCGAUAACUUACACAAUACUAAGUUGCCUAUUGAUAAUCACGAAGAGAAAGACAGAUGUCUAUACGAGAAUUCGCUGGCGAAUCCCUCUAGCUUAGACAUACCCAGCGCCCCGCCUUUCCAAAUUAUGGAGAAUGCAUUAAGCGAUCCGGAGGAAAAAGACGACAAAUAUGAUGGUUAUGACUCCAUUGAUGAAUUUUUCAAUGAUUAA